AUGUCAAGUCUUGUUUCCACGUCGAGCGCAGGCAAGCACGGAGGCGUCCCACUCAGUCCUGCGUGGGCCUGCGGCAACGAGAUCGACAACGCGUCCGAGCUCAUUGCGUUCCAAAUUCUGCUUAUCGUUCUGACUGUGCUGGCGCUUAACGGCGACGUUUACAUCACCUUUGAGGGCAUCCGAGGGCUCAUUGCGGGCAAACCCGUCCUCACCUACGCCGUGCUCUCGGGUCUCGAGCGUCGCAAGGUGCUAACAUUGCUCAUUGCUUUGAACGCGGCGCCGUCCCUCUUGUACCUGGACGUCGCACGCAUCUACGUGUUUUCCGCCAACGGCGACAAGAUCUGGUGUCUCUCGUGCCUAUUGGUGGCAACUUUUGUCUCAUUUACACUCCUCGCGGGUCUCAGUCUACUCAGCGCCGUACCGCUGCCAUUGCCAACCAAGUGUGUUGCGUACUCGGCCCCAAUCUUUCUCUACACGUCGAUCGUGACAGUCUCCUGGACCCUCAGCUCCAACACAAAUUUCAUGAAGGCCAACAAUAUGCUCUUUGCGGGCGCGGCCGAGCUAGCCAUGAAUUUCAACGGCGUGUCAUGGCCCAGCGGCUCGUAUGUUCCGUACGGCGUCGCGACGGUCGUUGAGCUCUUCCCGCAAGAGAUUCUCUAUCCGGUCUUUGGCUCGCUUCUCUUCUCCAUAAGUGUUGCCACCUUACGACUCUACUGGUCGACCCAUGCGCUCGUCUUGAACCUCGAGUGGUGUGCGUCGAAUGGGUUCCUAUCGCACUGCACCGUGCCGCGCGUGCUCACGUCGUUGCCGCUGCACCCGUCGCAAGCCAUCAAGAUUGGCAACAAGAUAUUUUGUCGUCCGAGCACGAUGGCGCUGCUGGGCUACGCGUCCGUGACUGAAACCGAAAAACACUCGUUGGGCGUCGUGCCCUACGACCCCAAGCCCCACAAGGUGACGGAGACAUACGUCGUUAGUGUCUACUGGCUCGGAUUGGCCAUGCUGCCGACGACCUUUGCGUGGCUGCGCCCCUCCGUGGCCGGUGUCGUCGUUGAGAACCACUUUAAAGUCCAACGACAGCCGCGAACGGCCGAAGCCCUCGACCGCGACCACGUGUACCGCUACACCCGCGGCAACUGCGUCACAUGACUUUAUAUUAUAUAUAUUCUGUACACUAUCGUCU